UUUUAACAAAGAAAGUUGAAUGAGAAAAAUUUGCACAUAUACCGAGAAGUCAUAAUUGCCAUUGCCAAGCAUAAUGUCCAGCAAGUGUACAAUUCUCUUUGACAAUAAUCCACUCGGUGUUUAUUAUGCUGGCCAAGAAGUUUCCGGUACAGUCGAAUUGAUAACAAAUCGACCAAAAACCGUAAGAGGUAUUAUUAUAACAGUAAGCGGUUUUGCUGAAGUGCGUUGGACUGAGCAUAUUACGAAGCAAGAUACUCAUGGGGAACGUCAAAAGACUAUUGAAACUUAUUCCGCCUCUGAAAUAUACUACAGUAACGAACGGUAUGUCUACGGACAAAGUGGUGGAACUCAAAUGUUGGUAUUACCACCCGGUAAAUAUAUAUUUCCAUUUCAAACCACGAUACCAGCAAACGCUCCCACAUCGCUAAAUGGAGCCUGCGGUCAAAUACAUCAUGAAGUUAGUGUAGUGGUAGAUCGUGUAAUGCGUUAUAACAACAUAUUUAAGCAUCCGUAUACAGUCAUAGUGCCGCACGAUUUAAACUUAAACCCAUCCAAUGCGCAACCUUUGCAUAAAAUUGAUGAGAAAGUUUUUUGUUGGAGUUUACGCUGUGGCAACCAAGGUCCUAUGGUAAUGGAAAACUUUAGGGAUCUAAAAGUACCAUACGCUUCCUAUACGCCCGGUCAGAAAGUUCACUUUAAUAAUUUAAGCAAUCAAUCUGACGUUCACUGCUCCGAUGUUAAAGUCCGCUUAAUGAAAAAAGAAGUGUACACCAGCCGCUCGCCUGAGACAAAAACAAAAGAAACUGAAAUCAAAAUCGUCGAUAAUCAUUGUGGCGAAGUACUCAAAAGAAAUAAAGCCGAAUUCAAUGAAUAUCUGCAAAUACCUUCCACUAUACCAACUCUAAUCGGUAACUGCAACAUUAUUAAAGUCCACUACACCCUAAAAUUCAUUGCCAAAGUGCCACGAAUACAUAGAGAUCUAAUAAUUGAAUUUCCCUUUACAAUUGUCAUCUCGCCUGUAUACGCCAGCACAAUGGCUAAUGAACCAGUUACAAGCCAACCGACUAAUAAUUUUUCUAGAGUUGUAGUUCCUCCUACAUAUGAAGAAAAUGUACGUAGCGAGCAGUUCGAGAAUAACAGCUUUAAACCGAGAUAUCCAGUGUUUUUGAAUGAUACGACCAAUACUUUGGUUGCCACCGCAUUAUCACCAAGUUCAACAGCACCUGCUUCCACUUUAGCCCUGCAGACGAAACAUGACCCAGCAACGAAAGGACAUGUGGAGCAGCCUCAAUUAGAGGUUUUAGGAUUUAGUUUGCCAACUGGUUAUGAAACUACUUCUACGAAUAUUGGCUGGAAAUGA